AAACAAGCGCAUGCGCAGGUCGAUGCGUGCGUGCCAUUGACUCAGGCGUUGACAACUGAAGGUUUGGGGCCGACCCUUGUUUUUCUUUUACAAGGAAUGUGUGUCGAAUAUCGGUGCGCGGCCUUUGGAUAUUACGAGUGAUUGGAACGUCGGCACACGAAACGAUCAAUGUUCUAUGCUGCGCUCCACCCGAAGAAUGGAUAUUUGCUACGCGAAAGAAGACCCACUAGCCUCGAUUCAAGAUCCGACUGUGCCUGGCGGUGCGUGAUGGGGGGCUGCGCCCUGUAACCUGGGGCCUUAAGCAGCCAUGUCUAAGAGCCGCUAUGUGCUCCAAGUGCAUGUGGGGGCGUUCAGCAACCUGUACGAAGCGCUUUCCAUUGAGGCCAGCAAGCAGACGACAGCCGCUGACAUUGUGGCAUGCAUCGCCGAGAAGCUGGGCCUCUCACUGCCACGAGAUCUCGAACUUGCUGAAGUGGUUCACAAUGCCACUGGAGAGGAAUGCAAGGAACGACACCUGGGCCCAGAUGAGUUUCCGGUGCAGCUGCAGCUGCUGUGGCCUCAGCAGGACACACACCGGUUCUGCCUGCGCGAGCGCCUGUCGGCACAGACAGCGCUGGCACUGCCAGGCACCAACUCAGCCGACGCACACUUGCUGCAGGACUACUUCCUGCGCUUUCUCUACCAUCAACCCCGCGACCGCGACUACUCCGACCUGUGUCAGCUGCCAGAUCUGACGGAGCAGACUCUUCUCGAGAACCUCAAGGCACGCUUCGAGCGGAGUCAUAUCUACACCUAUGUUGGGUCCAUCCUCAUUGCUGUUAACCCUUUCAAGUUUUACCCCAUCUACAACCCAAAAUAUGUUCGGCUGUACCAAAAUCGGCGUCUCGGUGACUUGCCCCCACACAUCUUUGCCGUGGCGGAUGCGGCCUACCAUGCCAUGCUGCGGUCCCACUCCAGCCAGUGCGUGGUCAUCUCGGGAGAAAGCGGUUCAGGCAAGACGGAAAGUGCCAACUUGCUGCUGCACCACCUGACGGCGCUCAGCCAGAAAGGCUCAUAUGGCCGUGGUGUCGAGCAGACCAUACUCAGUGCCGGCCCUGUUCUUGAGGCCUUUGGGAAUGCCAAGACCAAGCACAACAACAAUUCAAGUCGUUUUGGCAAGUUUAUCCAAGUCAACUACAGAGAGAACGGCAUGGUUCAUGGGGCUGUAGUGCAGAAGUACCUGUUGGAGAAGUCGCGCAUCGUGUCUCAGGCCAAGAAGGAGCGUAACUAUCACGUCUUCUACUACCUGCUGGCGGGGGCCUCCAAGGAAGAGCGCGAGGAGUUGCACCUGACUCGCCCUGAAGACUAUUACUACCUCAACCAGAGUCAGUGCUAUACCUUGGAAGGCACAGAUGAAGCACAGGAAUACACCAAGUUGAUGGAGUCCAUGCGCAUGGUUGGAUUCAACCUUGACAAACGGAAAAGGUUGAUUCGAGUGUUGUCAGCAGUGUUGCACCUGGGAAACAUAGAGUUCAGCAAGAAGUCAACCUACCACAGUGAUGAAGCAGUGCAAGUAAAGAAUCCUGAAGUGCUUUCGCUCAUCUCCUCUCUUCUUGGGGUCAAGGAAGAAACGCUCAAUUCUGCCCUGACCACAAAACGUGCCAAAGCCCCCGGGGAGACGUUAGUCAUUAGCUACAAAAUGCCUGAGGCUGUGGCUACACGAGAUGCUAUGGCCAAGUGUCUGUAUGGAGCUCUCUUUGACUGGAUUGUUAUGCAAGUGAACCAUGCUCUGCUGUCUGCAAAGGACCUUCGGGAGCACAGGGGCAACAGUAUAAGUGUACUGGACAUAUUUGGCUUUGAGGACUUUGGUGAUCACAACAACUUUGAGCAGUUUUGUAUCAACUUUGCCAAUGAGCACCUACAGUACUACUUCAACCAGCAUGUCUUCAAGUAUGAGCAGGAGGAGUACCAGAAAGAAGGCAUCCAGUGGAAGAACAUUGAGUUCACAGACAACACUGGCUGCCUGAACCUGAUUGAGGGAAAGCCCCAUGGGCUGCUUUGCUUGCUGAAUGACCAGUGCAACUUCUCUGGGGCCACAAACGCCAUGCUACUGCAAAAGUUUGUGAAUCACCACAAGAAGAACCCUUUCUAUGACAUGCCUCAAAAGCGGGAGAAUGCAUUCCUGGUGCACCACUAUGCCGGCAAAGUCAAGUAUCAGAUCAAGGACUUCAAGGAGAAGAACUUGGACUUGAUGCGGCCUGAUGUGGUGAUGGUGCUCAAGAGUUCAAGCGUUGCGCUCGUUAGAGAGCUGGUGGGCGCUGAUCCUGUGGCCCUGUUCCGUUGGGCCAUCUUACGAGCCUUCUUCCGCUCCUAUCAUGCACUGAGGCGUACCACCUCACACAGCCAAGGACGUACAAACCAUGGUUCCAAGAGGCCAUCUUCGAUGUACAGAGGGAGGCACUCGGGUGAAGUGUAUUCCAACAGUAACCAAGUGUCUUCCAGGAGGUCUUCCCUUGGCACGGGUGCUUGCCCCGGCAACUUUGCGGCUGCCUCCUGUCCCGUGCACCGUGGAAACACCCACCUCUGUGCCAGCGAGGCCAGUGUCCUGGAACGAGCAAACCAGAUUAUGAUGAAAAACAAGAAUACCAGGUCACGGAACAGAGUGGACAAGGGUCUCAAGAACUUGCAGAGUGUUAAAACAGUUGUUGGGAAGACCCAUCCUCACCCUCAGCGUACAGGCAGAAAGCCUCCAACAGUCACUGCGCAGUUUCAGGUGUCUCUAGGUCACCUCAUGGAAGCCCUUAAUCAAGCCAAUCCAUUUUUUGUCCGCUGCAUAAAGUCAAAUGCUGGCAAGGUGCCGUGCUCGUUUGACGAAGGCGUCAUUCUCCAACAGCUGAGGUACACGGGAAUGUUGGAGACUGUCAGGAUACGGCAGUCUGGCUACAGUGUUCGCCUCCCGUUCGAGCAGGAGUUCAUCCAGCGCUACAGGGUGCUGCUGCCGCGUGGGCUGAUCAGUUCCAGAAGUGACAUCCGGGACUUCCUGCUUCGCAUUAACCUUGAUCGCAACAACUACCAGAUGGGGAAGACCAAGGUGUUUCUGCGUGAGAGCGAGAAGCUGAAGCUUGAUGAGCUGCUGCAUCUCCAGAUUCUUCAGCGCAUCAUCACAGUGCAGCGCUACAUCAGAGCCUGGUUGCAGAGAAGGCACUUCCGUAUGCUGCGUACAGCAGUCAUCAGGCUACAGUGCCACGCGAGGGGUUACCUGCUGCGGAGGCGCCUGGCAGUGGAGAGGGCACAACACGAGGCAGCCAUUGUGGUGCAACGGAGCUGGCGCCGGUACAGGAACACUCGCAGGGUCCACCAGCUGCAUCACUCCAUGGUGGCAUUCCAGGCUGCCUGCAGGGGAUGCCUGUUCAGAAGAAGGCUUGCCAACAGUCAGCAGCAGCGCCAAGUCUCAGCCUUCCGAGGAAGGAAAGAGCCACUGCUUCCCAAUGGCAUUGCAGGUGUCGAACAACGACUGCGUCGUUCCAUCGACUCAGAAGAGAGUACGCACGAGGACUCUGAAAAUGAGAGCUUGGCAUCGGAGGGAGGUGGCAACGGCUUGGCCUCACCACCGCUGUCCCCCGGAGCUGAGGGCUCUGUGACGAUGCGUGGAGAAGGCACCUUCAGGGAGAAGAAGAACCUCAUCCACAAACUGAGCGCGAGCGAGGCCAGCAACCUCUCGAUCAAGGGCAAGGAGAUGCAGAAGGUCCCUGUCAGAAAAUGCCUGUCAGAAAUAGCUCCUGACAACUCAUUCAACAAGGAUGUUCCUGAACAACAACAAAAGAAGCGGAGUCCAUCUGGGUCUAGCCAGCAAAACAAUGUUCAGGAGGACACCAACCUCGGCUUAGUGAAGGAAGAGAUGAAAGGUCCUCUGCACAAAGCGCGCAAGCACCUCAAGACCUUCAUCGGCAGCAAGAAGGACAAGAAGGAGAACAGGGACGACACGGAUGAGUCGGGUGGAGAGGACGCCCUUUCUCUUCGUUCCGAGGGUCUCUGCACAGAACCCAUGCCAGGAGAAAGGAAGGAGUCGAUGUCACACUCGCUCAAACCUUUUAGUACUCGGUCAAAGAGUGAGCUGUGUUCAGUGUGCAAACGUAGCAUGACCCUUUUCAUCAACCAGGGAACCAAAUGCAGCCGCUGCAAAUUGCUGUUCCACCUCGAGUGCAAGUACUUUGCGGAGAAGGUGCCUUGCCGUGGAAGCACCUGUGCUGGAGGUGGGGAGCCCACCCCCCCGGCUCGCUCCCACAAGCUGAACCGGACACCGAGCCUGUCUGUGGAGACCGGCAUGUACCAGCCCCAGACGACAGUCCAGUCACAGCAGGGCCCACAUGCUCUUCAGCAGCAGCAGCAGCAGCAGCAGCAAGGUGGAUCGUGGAACGUUACACGGACGGCCGAGUUCAAGGACCCAGGGGACAUCCUGAUCACAGAUGUCUCGGAACUCACAAACCUGGACUCCUUCCUUGUCAAAAAGGUGGGCUACCUUUCAAGUUCGAGUAAAAAGAGGGAUUCAGCAGUGGACAUGGUCUUUAAAAAGGCUCUGAAAAGCUUCAAGUCAAAUCUUAUCAGCACAUACUCUGUGGCUGCUCAGGAUGGCCGGUUGUGUCUACGAUACAAGGACCUAACAGACCACUUCGAGCAAGUGGCACGCUCUGUCAUCGACCAGGAGUGCUCAAGCAAGACCUUUCCACUCACUAUGGCUGUCAAUGCUUUCCGCGUAUUCCUGGAUGAAUUCCGCAACAUCUACCGUUCUGAGAACAAGCCCAAAAGCAAGGGAAAGAAACGGAAGCGGAAAAAGAAGGCGUCCCAAUUAAUCGAACACUGUGGUCACAUAUUUGCGCUUGUGGUGAUCAACAUUCCAACAGCCUGUGAAGUGUGCAGCAACUCCCUCUGGCUCACCGAGCGAGGCCUUGUGUGCCAAGGUUGCAAGCUCACAUGUCACAAGAAGUGCUAUCAGAAAGUCAGUUCCUCAUGUAGAGACGUCAACAUUCUUCAGGGCCGCAAGGUGUUUGGUGUGCCGCUGGAUCGUCUUGUGGGCGAUGACGUGCGCAUUCCAGUUGUGGUGGAGCGGCUCAUCACCACCAUUGAACUGAAGGGCCUAUACGUUGAGGGCAUCUACCGAAAGUCCGGCAUUACUUCCAGGGUGACACAACUCAAGCAAGACAUGGAUGAUGAUCCAGAAGGUGUGGAUCUGGAUAGUUAUCCCAUCCAUGUGCUAACAGCAACGCUAAAGGCCUUCUUUCGUGACAUGCCCGAGCCCCUCAUGACUUUUGAGCUCUACGAGAGCUUUCUUUUGGCCACAAAUUUUCAAGAUCCGGAAGAAAGAGCACAGGCUAUUUUCGCCGAGACCAAGAAGCUUCCCCCAGCACAUUACGACCUCUUUGAGAGGCUGGCAUUUCAUCUUGCAAGGGUGGCUCAACACCAGGAGUUCAACCGCAUGUCGCCCGAGUCACUGGCCAUUGUCUUUGCACCGUGCAUUUUGCGCACCAACAAGCGACUGCAAGCGCAGGACACGCUUGACUGUGUCAACAAGCAGACGAUCUGCGUCCGGUGCAUCAUCCAGGAACAGCUGAAGAAAGUGCAGAACACUUUAGCAGACAUUGACACACUGGACACUGCUGUCAGCACUGUUGUUACAAGGCUGAGUUCACUGCGUUCUUCAAGGCUGUCACUGGCGGUGGAGACGAAUGGCAGCCAGCUUCCUGCACAAGGCAGCAUUCGGGAUGAUGAUGACGAAGAAGCCAUACUUACGCUUCAGAUAGAGAACCUGGAGAAAGAAAAGGCGAUGCUGACUACAGUGCUUCCAACGUUGGCCCUGAGUGGAUCUGACGAUGAUCUGCUAAGCACAGACAUGGACAGUGCUGCGGGAAGCCUUGAUGAUGUGCGACCUUUCGAUGAAGCGAGUGCAAUGGCUCUAGGCGACCAGAAGCAUCACCCCAAGACAAGAGUCUCAACACCGUUGCGCCGGUUGCAGCCGGCUCGCUUCCCACCCGGCACCGGCCCGAGUGGCUCGGCUUCGGGCAUCUCGGCUUCGGCCUCGGAUACCAGCGUCGUCUCGCUGUAUAAGCCCACUGAAGUGGAUGAUGAGGCCAUCAUGGUGUGAUUGCGAUCAAUGUGCCAUGGACUGUUUCUUGGUGGCUUCACUGUUCCGGUUGAGGGACUCCCCUUAGACGUUGUGUUGCGAAAAGCAUUCCUGUAUCUGGUCGUGACGUCUGCAAUUCGCAGAAUAAGGUCCCACAUGUUUAAGGAUGUGCAGGCAGUGAAACUAGCUUUUAAUGCAUGGACAAACAACUAGUGCUUAGGUAGUAGCUCUCGGAGCGCAUGUUCUUCCAUCUGCUUUAUUGCGACGAAACUGACUGGGCUGAGCCAGGUUUCAGUCACACUUUUUUUUUCCAACUGGCAAUAUUUAAAAACUGCGAGACGUGGGCUCCCCUGCUGUUGCAGCUGGUGGAUCUCGUUGCACCUCUUGCUCUACAACGCAAGGUGAGCUGUUCGUGCAAGAACUUAAAAGUUGUUAUGUGCAUAUGGGGAUGGAGAAACAAGCUGGUGUGCACAUGUGCCACAUUUCUGCAUUUAUUAUGACAAGUGGAUUACAGAAGUAUGUGAUUGUUGGCUUCCUGCCCGCUGCGGCAGCAGUAUUGCAAGCACAAAUUUAGGGCGGUUGGGCUGACGUAUGUGUCCAUCUCCCAGAGCGUCAAGGCCCUGUUGGCCUGAUAUUUCAGCCGGUACGAACAAGUGCUCGUUUCACUACUCUUCACCACGUGAGAGGCAGUAUGCAAAGGGUGGUUAGCAGAGGUAAAAAAAACCUUUAGAGGCUGUGUGCAACUUAAUUUUUUAAAGAGAUCUUUAUGGCAGUGGUUUGCUGUAACUGCUUAUUUUGUCAAAGUGAACAUCUUGUAUGCUCUGAAGACUGUCUUCACCUGUAAAUUGUCCCUGCUAGCAUGUUUUCAUCAGAUGUGCAUUUGUUCGGGCUUGUAGUAGCCCGCGUCUUUUUCUGGACAUUGUGACCAUGUCUGUCUUGCUGUGUGUCAGAUUUAUUUGUUUGUGCAACGCUGUUUUCAUUUCCCGUUGAUGUUGUAAGCUUUGAUGUUGUGUACUGUGAAUUCAGCUCCUUGGUCUUUUCGAGCCCUUCUUCUCCGUGGAGCAGGUUUCCUCAUUAUGCUCUGCCACUGGUGUCUCAGUUCUUGCGCUGCAAGCAGCUGCUUAUACCACAUUGCUUUCUGCUGCAAAACAAAGCAAAACAAAAGAAAUUGCAUCCGUCUUGUGUAAGUGACACACUGUGGAGAAAUCUCAAAGUCUGCCGUGGCAAAGGUGUCCCGUCCCUUCUUUGUUCUUACAUUGACGUUAUGCUUGGCAUUAACUUUCAUGGAAUAACAUUUACUAUACUUGUUGAAUUUUUAGAGGAUGUUUUUUUUUUUUAAUCUUUAUCAUGGUGGCCAAAUGUAACUUCAUCCUAAAGGGAGGCAUUUGAUCUUAAAAGAAUAUUCUUAAUGAUUUCAACCUGCCUAACUAGUGUAGUUGGUAGAUAGGUACUGGAACGAGUAGGUUCAUGUGUACUAGUUUUGGUAACUUGUACUGGCUGCUCAUGAUGACUGUCUUCCUCUACAAACUAUGCUUAUGGAGUUCACUGUCUGCCCCAUCUGCCAGUUUUUUUCUUCUUAGACUGACUCAUUUUUUUUUUAUUGCCGUAGUUUCUUGAGAACUGGCGCAUUUUUUUUUUCCGUGUAGGUGUGUGUUGCAAGCUUGUGAUACGCUCAACACUUUUUUUAUUUCUCCACCAUCACGAGGUAUUAUGUUCUGUUACUGCCACCAAUAUCUUAUUUUGUACUACUGUGCUGUACACAUGCACGGAACAAAACCGGCUAUGUAUGCAAUGUUUCAUCUAGUCAGCGACAUCCACGUGAAACACUCCGUGACAAACCACUUUCAGUAUAAUGCUUAAGCUGCCGGGAAUUGGUGUUCUGUAUUUGGUCAGCGACAUUAUUUUUUUAUACAUUUAUACUGUGUUUUGUAAAGGUCCAUGCCAUGUAUUGUUAUACCAUCUUAAGUCUUUUAUAAGCUUCUCCACUUCAUAUGCGCUCCCCCCCCCCCCCCCGCUCUUCUUCCUGACAUGGCCUUUUAUUAAUGACUGCAUGGACUGUGGCGAAGGUUGUAACAACUUUUUCUCCCCACUGCCCCCUGGUUAUGUUGCAUUUCAGCACGCGAGUUCAUAAAUGUGACUGUGUCGGACAUUUUUUAAAAGGGUCUUUAUCUCCUUUGCGCACAUAACUCAUUUGCCAUGCAAUUCUUAUAUCUCUGAAAGAAAAAGAAAGCUGAGCCAUCCGUGUUGUGAAGCCCUUCUGCCGUAAAUGCAGUCGUCUACACUUCAUUCCAAAACACUCGUCCAGAUGUGGUCCAUCUGCCAGGACCACUUUCUCCUUUUUUUUUCUCCUUGUUCUGUUGACCCGUGCUUCGCACAGACUUCAUGCUUGUGGAUCACAAUGCGUUUAGACCUUGUGAAAGAUGCCAAAUGUGACGUUGAAUGCCAGCGUUGGAACUGUGACAAAGUUUUCAAGUUACGAGUGCACAUAUUUAAAAAAAGCAGGGUGUCACACUCAUAUUUCCAGACAUACUUCUUUUCUUUCUGAGCCUUUAACGUGGCAUUCACUUGACCCCUUGUUUUGUUUUACUAUUUAACUUUAUUGAUUUACUCGCAGUUGUCAAACAAUGGUGCGCACAGCUAAUGCAUACCAGAGUUGGUUCUUGCUUUUUUGCCAGACUGAACCAUGGUCUCUCUUAUUUGACGAGUGUGGGGCUGAUAGAAUUGGGGAAACUGCCGAGUGUACCAUUGCACAAAUGUACCAGAAGUGUCAAAAGAAAACGAAAAAACAAAAAGGAAAGUGAAGAAAGGAUUAUUUAUGCCAGUGUUGUCUGUUCAAUGUUGGGUGUGCGAGUGCUGUGGCUUGUACAGAUCGAAGUGCCUUGAUCUUAUUGUGUUGCCUCACCCGUGUAUGUUUCUUUUGUAAUUUUUCACUUUUUAUUCAUCUAGAGAAGGAAUGGCAUUUUUGCCCUUCUCUCUUUUUUUUGUGUGUGUAUGUGGCACUGCGACUUUGUGCAAUUGGCAUAAUGUGCAGCAAGGUCUCUUGAGGCCAAGUGGGUGCAAGGCAGGCAGUUGCAUUACACAUUGUUGGAGUUGUUCUGCUGGCUUACUCAUGAUGUUGUACAUUAAACUGUGACUUUGUAAAUUUAUCAUGCUCAAGAUUUUUGUACAAGAAAUGUUUCCUGUGAGUGUUUUUAUUCUUAUUUCUGGAAAUUAAACAUAAAAAAAAAGAA